AACUCUGGUUGAAAACUAGAAAUGUCAGUGGACACUGUUUCUUUAAUUGAAUAGCUUGAGAUAGAAAUAUCACCUCAUCUCUCUUUUUGAGAAUUUGCAUUCUGAAAAUAAAAUAGAACAUGAUUUUAUCAGCAAACCCAGAUGAGCAGCCUGCUAUCAUUGGAACUGUUAAUCAGAUUGCACAUGUGUAACAUUGAUGUAAUCUAAGCAUGGACAUCUAUAAAGCUGGACAUCAGUCAGUCAGUGUCUAUCCAUCAAACAGCCGUCUGGUUGGUUGGAUACUGACAGGAAAAGCUAUGGGUUUUUGGGUACUACUGUCUGUAAUUUUGCUGGUCCAAGAUGCUGCAGAAUCGUUUGUGCCCCAGGCUCGGAGCUCUAUUGUGGGGGGAAAGGAUGCUCAAAAGGGCAGCUGGCCGUGGAUAGUCUACCUUUUAAUCACGGAUGAUACAGGCUUCUUUAGCUGUGGCGGAUCCCUCCUUACUGAGGAAUGGGUGCUCACCGCUGCACACUGUGUUGACCCGAAUGACAACCCUAUUCCAGACCGUUCCUUCAUUCGUCUGGGGACACACAGCCUGAAUGAGCCAUCAGUGUUUUAUCGAACCAUCUCACGCAUCGUCAGUCACCCACAGUACCAGAAACAGCGUUUGGCCGUGCUGCACGACAUCGCUUUGGUGAAGAUGAGUAAAAAGGUGUCCUUUUCCUCCCUGGUGGAGCCCAUGUCCCUGCCCAAACCGAGUGAUGCCUUUGGCCCAAGGUCGAAGUGCUUCAUCGCUGGCUGGGGCGAUGUCGGGAACAAUGUGGAAUUGUCUGGUAAUAGGACCCUCCAGGAGCUGAAGUUGCCCAUCGUGAAACGGAGCAUCUGUAAGAAAAAGUUUUCGGGCCUCACUAACAACAUGCUGUGUGCUGGCUCCAUGAAAAAAGGGAAAGACUCCUGUCAGGGGGACUCUGGUGGGCCGUUGGUUUGUCGCUCAUCUGGUGAGUUUGUCCAGGUGGGAAUCGUGAGUUUUGGGAAUACCAAUGGCUGUGCUUUGAAAGGCUUCCCUGGAGUCUACACCCGUGUGAAACGCUACAUGGACUUCAUCAACGAGACUAUAACCUCAGACAGACAGGCUUCUGCUGAGUCCUAGGUCACCAUGAAACACUGUCUGUUUUACAGUCCAUAUCCGCCUCUCGCUCUGUCUUCCCUUUCUCUUCAGUUCCCUUUUGAGCCAAAGUCCUUACUUGAGAUGCAGCUGGAAGUGAUUUAAAAUGACAAGAUUUUGGUAUUGAUUGUGAAUUACUUUGUGGUUUUAUUCUUUACCAGGCCUUUAAAUUAUUUUCAAAUAUAUUUCGAAGUAUUUAGUCAACUCUUCCUUGAAGAUACAAGAUGUUGAAUCUGUAUUUGAAAUAUUUAUUUGAAAUAUUUAAGUACUCUAUGCAUUUGAAACCAGGUCUGUUUGAACACAGGGGUAUUUGUAAAUGAUUUGGAAACAAGUAAUUGAAAAUAGUUUAAAAUAUAAUGUAUAGAAAAUUAUUAGAAAAUACGCAGAAAAUACAUAUUUAAAAUGUAAAUACUUUAAUAAACAUGUAUUUGAACCCAGGUCUGUUGUAAAAAAUUUCCUUUUCAAUAGUAGCUCAUUAGUAAACUGCAAGCAUCAAAA